AUGAACACGUGGGUCCUAAUAUUGGCAUGGUGUCUUCCAUGGGUGUAUUGCGCCAAUAUGAGCUGCCUAGUCAUGCGUCCAGGGUAUGGCUUGGUUUCUGAGGAUUGUCCUUCGCACGCGGUCGGAUGUCGAAUUCGAGUUCAAAAGGAUCACAUUGAUUGGUACGAGUUUUCGCGCCUGUAUGAUAGAAAUCAGCUAGUUUGUGUUUAUCCGGAGGAAUAUAAAUCCAUGACAGGAUGCAUGCGCAAACCGUCGGGAAGCAUUCGUUGUUGGUGCGGCGGUCGCGGCGAUUGUAAUGAUCCAGAAACUAGCAGGGAUCUUUAUGAAGCGUUCACGAAUGGCGACAACGAGGCCGUUCAGAAGAUAUCCGAUUGGCUGAGAAGCGACAAAUCAGAAGAUCGCUGGAGGACGUCUAGCACCACACCGCAGCCGACAUCUCCGAAACCCACAGAGAGGGUGAACACUACCACGUCAACAACGACGACGACGUCGACAACAACAACUGAAAGACCAACGCCUAAAAAGUCUGAGAAGCGUAUUGGAACAAAGACGACAAGAAAACCGCUUUUGGGAGGAGUGCAGGCGAAACCGAAAGUUAUUAAUAUUGUGGAUAUUAGGGAUAAGAGCGAGCCUUCGGAUGAUAAUGAGAUUGACCUGGACAACAGUUUUGAAAUCACGCGUCGAAAAUUGGAAAAAGAGAUGAGGGAAGAAAAUGAGCGUCUUCGUGAAAUGCUCGCCGAUGAGGAAGUUGAGAACGCUAACGAUAUUCUUGAUGAUGAAGAGAUGGAAGACGAUCGCGAUGCUUUCGAUUCUGCCCGACUCGCCGAGGAGCGCCGUCUUCGCGAAGAGGACAUUUUGCGAAAAAUCGAGGAGGACGAAGUGAAAGCCGAAGAAAGUGCCCGUGUGAAUCGCGAAAGUCGAAAUGAGCCUGAUUUUGUGAGCCGCGCGGCCUCAACCAUUUAUGUUUUUCCCGUUUUCAUGCUUGCCUUGCUAGCCUAUUGA